AUGACUCGGGGAAUGAUCAGAAAAAUAGUAAGGGAUAACAAUGGUGUGCCUAUUAAGAAUAUUAAGUAUCGCCUUAUAAGAUGGCAGAAAUUCUUUGAGGCCAAAAUUAGCCAUGUUGCGCAAUCUAUUGAUCUGGACAUAGCUGAUACGUUCGCCGAACCAUACAUUUACAACUGGGAAGUGCCAACAGAAGAAGAAAUAAUAAUCUCCGUUGUCCAUAAGUUUAAGGCCAAUAAGUCACCGGAAGAAGAUCCGGGAGAAGAUGGUCUUCGGGCUGAAUUUUUCAUAAAUGUUGUCCAUCGUCCAUUACAACGCACCUUCAACAAAUAUAAAAAGAGCAGCUUCUAUUACUGUUAA